AUGAUGAGGGGCCUCUUCCCGCGAAUGGAGCUGCAGUUCCAAGUCGAGAGCAUCGAUUAUUUCAAGAAGCUCAAUGCGCUCUACCUCGCAAACGAACAUCACGUGAAGGAGGGCCUGGUGGUGAAGUGGCUCUUGGGGCAGAUGAAUACUCUUGGACACGGAUACGAGGAGAUUCGCAAGAAGCACCAGGCGACCUACCUCCCACUACCCGACUAUUGUGCAAGCCAGGCAAGCGAUAUUUUCGUCACUCGAGCUCCUGGAUGUUUAGAUGAUACAGCUACACCCGCGUACUACCCCGCCAAUGCCAAAAAUUGGUUCGAGUUUUUGCGGCAGAGAGGGACUUUUGUCGGCCCGAAGGAACUGAAGGAUCCUACUACCGAAUUUCAAGGCGAUACGAACGCCUCCAACGGGCUCGGCACUGUUUCUAUCAUGUGGGGUCUGCUAACCGCCCCGUUCUAUCAUCCGGAUGCCUCACUCGAGUUGCAGUACGGCGGGCUGGGCAUGAUCAUUGGUCACGAGCUGACACACACCAUCGAUCCGGGAGCCAUCGAAUUUAAACCGAGCGUCCUUGCCGGCGAGGAAGACAAGGGCCAAUUCAAGGAACAAGUCGAGUGUAUCGAGGAACAAUACGGAAACGCCGGCCUACCAGAAAACACGGACUUCAGGCAACCUGGAGACAUAACACGUGAUGAAGCUGUCGCCGACAAUGCCGGGCUUCGGGUGGCUUUGAGGGCCUAUCGUAAGGAGCGCAAGCGCCUCUACGGAAAACUGGAGCCAAAACUCCCUGGUCUCGACGCCUACACUCCCGACCAGCUCUACUACGUCGCUGCCGCCAUGUUCCUCUGUGACAACAAUACCAAGGACGCACUUGAGAAGUUGGAGACAGACGGGCACCCACCCGGCUAUAUUCGCCUUAACGAGAUGGUGAAGAACUCGAAGGAGUUUUCCCGCGUCUACAAGUGUCCGCUCAACUCGCCGAUGAACCCGCAGAAGAAGUGCUACACGUGGCGCCACAAAAAGAGGCAC